GACCACUUGUUGUCUGAUCGGAUGAGCUUUAUUCUGAAAGGCCAAAUCGGAUGUAGUCUCUGGUUAUGGCUGGUAACAUGCCAGUUCCAAAUAUGGGCCUGACGUCAGCCCUAGGCCCCGCCCCUUUGUGCAGCCAGGUCCUCCUGCGCUCAGCUUCAUUUAAACAUUCCUCCGCGGCACAGCGAGCCGCACCGACUCUCCCUCAGCAGUCCAGCCGCAGUCUGGUCGCUGACUCUCGGCCAUGGCUUCCGUCACCUGCCGGGUCCAGUACCUGGAGGACUCGGACCCGUUCAUCUGCACGAACUUUCCCGAACCGCGGAGACCUCCGACUGUCUCCCUGGAGGAGGACCAGCCGCUGAGCGAGCAGAUCUCCGGGAUCCACAAGCUACUCGGGGCGCCGCUGAAGCUGGAGGACUGCGCCCUGCAGGUGUCUCCUAGCGGGACGUACCUGGACCUGGACUCGUCUCUGGCGGAGCAGCGGGACGAGCUGGACGCUUUCUACCAGGACCUGGCAAAGGGCAGGAAGCCGAUCCUGGUCCUGAGGACGCAGCUCUCCGUGCGCGUUCACCUCAUCCUGGAGAGGUUGUACAACUCCAAAGGCCCAGAGCUGAGGCGCUGUCUGUUCUCCCUCAAGCAGCUCUUCCAGGACGAUAAGGAUCUGGUCCCAGAGUUUGUAGCGUCUGAAGGCUUGGCGUGUUUCAUCAAGGUUGGAGCCGAAGCCGACCACAACUACCAGAACUACAUCCUGAGAGCUCUCAGCCAGAUCAUGCUGUUUGUGGACGGGAUGAACGGCGUGAUCCACCACCCAGAGACGCUGCAGUGGCUCUACACGCUGACAGGAAGUGUGUCUCGCCUGCUGGUGAAAACGGCUCUGAAGCUCCUCAUCGUGUUUGUGGAGUACGCCGAGUCCAACGGUCCUCUGCUGAUCAGCGCCGUGACAACGGUGGACGUAAAGAGAGGUGUUAAGCCCUGGACGAACCUGAUGGACAUUCUGGAGGAGAAGAACGGCGCCGACACAGAGCUGCUGGUCUUCACCAUGACGCUCAUCAACAAGAUUCUGGCGGCGCUGCCGGACCAGGACUCGUUCUACGACGUGACGGACUGCCUGGAGCGUCUGGGCAUGGAGGCCGUGGUCCGGAAACACCUGAGCAGCAAGGGGGCGGAGCCUGACCUCAAAGCCCAGUUCUCCAUCUAUGAGGCGGCUCUGCGGCAUGAGGACGGAGAUGUGGAUGACUCCGCCCCCCUCCUCCGAAAGGAGAGGAGAAAGAUGGCCGCCGGCGACCAGGAGGGAAGGAGGAGCCGCCGCUCCAGUCAGAACCUGCCGGACCUGCUGUCCCCCACUCCGUCCACGCCUGUCCUCUCCCCGUCCUCCACCAUAUCCUCGCCCACGUUGGACAGCACCGCCUCGUCGCCGCUGUCCUCUGAACCCGGAAGCUCCGCCUCCAGUCCCUCGAUGUCCCCGCGGGGCUCGCCGCUGCCCCCCCAUGCUGGACCCGGCAGCGAUGCGUCCACCGAGCUGGGGACAAAGACGCCAUCCAGCCCGAGUCGCUCUUUCCUCAGCCACCACAUGUCGGCUCUGGGUCUGGGCAGGAAGUCCCGCCUCUUCUCCAAAACCAGCUCCAUCUCUGAGGAGCCUCCCCCCGGCUGCAGCUCAUCUCCAUCGAACCUCUCGCCUCCGGAUCCGUCCCAGCAGAACUCAGAUCAGCUGGUCAGAGCAGAGUCCAAACCUCGUCAGAAGUGAGUAAACCGACAUUUUUCCAUCAUGUUUAAGUUCUGACUGGUUUCUGGAACUGGUGGCACUGGAGUCCGCCCAGACCCACCAGUUUCUCUGUCUGAAAUUAUUUAGAGAAAUCUUCUUCUAGAUCAGCUCUUUGUUCCUCUGGAAUAAUCCUGGAUAAAUUUGGGAUUUUUGAUUCUUGGAUUUUUCUGUUGCUCGGUUCAGUUGACCUGCUCUUGCUCUCACCUAUUUUCAGCUUUUUUUUCCAGAGAGUGUCUGAAACUGUCCUCCUCUUUCUCUAAAUCUUUGGUUUUAGAUUUUGUCCUGAAUAUAUCUGGGAAGUUUUUAAUUCUAGGAAAAUAUUUUUGGAAUGUUUCAGGACAA